AUGGACCAAAGACUUGUGAAAAUGACCACAGGCCCCCAGGGUCUGGGAGUGAGUUUUUCCAAUAGCGAGAGGUUUCUGAUAGGGGUUCUUCAAGAUUUCCGAAACAGUAAGCCUCCAGGCGUGGCCGCUAGGCUGGAGAUCCGGUUCACUGGCACUCCGCUUUGCGAUAAAUUGCGUGGACUUGAAACCGGUGAGGUCGAGUUAACGAGCACAACGCUAUCUUGCAAGCGGUUUCGGCUGGAACUCGCGGGCUUUUUCCUCUCGUAUGGGGUGCGGUACAUUCGGCGCGCGACAGCUUAUGGUGUAGACCCCAUAUUCCACAUCGAUACAGCGAGUGACGAAGAACCAGGCGAGCCGCCUUGUGUCGCGACAGCCAGAGCUAAUAUCUUUGGGUUAAACGUCACUUUUUGCGAUUUCAGGGCCCUGAGCAGCCACUACUCAGUCAGCCACAACACAGCUCACGACCACGCAUCUCGUCGAGAGGCAACGAUCGAUACCAUAGCCUAUAACGUAAUCACAGAAACGUUGGAAGACCUCACAGGCUAUGGGCGCCAUGAUAUAUACCAUGGUAUCAUCAGAACACCAUUACCGAGCUAUAGCACCUUUCAAUAUGACCCUUUCAGAAUCAUACGUCUGACAAGGCUCGCGUGUGAUUUGCAAUAUAAACUUGCCCUUUCAACACUCCGAGCUAUGUCUGAUGUGAACUUUCACCAGGACUUGCUCGAUAUGCUUAUGACGGCUCAAUAUGGUCAGAGGCAGUUCGGAGUCGAGAUCAUGGAGCUCCUUAGGUGUCGUGACCCCUUAAAAGGCAUGUGGAUAAUCCACAGAUCAGGUCUCUACUCUCCGUUAUUUGUCAGCAUAACUUUGCGUCGAGAACUGGAACUGGUGUACCCCCACCGCAGAGCUUAUCAUUGUCCCUUUUGGCCAUACACGUAUGACAAUGUUUAUGGAAUAGUCAAUUGCCUGAUGAACGAAGGAAGCACCAGAUACAACAACGUAGCUAGCUAUCUUGAUGGUAUCGGUCCGGAGGAUACUUGGUUGACGGCAGCUUUUUCUCACCUCGCGCAGCUAAGGCCAAUGCCAACGGCACCAGAAGAAAGAGCAACCAUCUUGAAAGCAAUUAUUGAUUCAUUGGAAGCAAUCAACCCUGAUACCAAGAUAUCAUGCCAGCUAAGACUCGCCCUCAGCAAUUUGGAUGAUAUCCAGCUGUGUGUAGACAAGGUCGCGAAGAACCAGGUCCGAAAACCAAAAACAAUCGGCUUGCCGUUGAGGUGUUGGGGUCGCACUUGGAGAUUUCAGGUCUUUUACUCGAUGCUGGCAGAACUGGCGUAUCAAGGAGCUAACUUCGAGACUUGUACUCGAGUGAUGAGGAGGUAUGAGAGGUUUGCGUCAUAUAUUGAUCAGCAGUUGCUAGCCUUUGCAGUGCACAUGACGCCGCUUCUCGAUAGACAAAGUCUCUGGGACCUUUUCCGCGUGGAUGAAGAGGAGUGUGUUACCACCGCGAUCCUUGAAGCCGUCGUGUGCUGGCAGCUCGAUCAUCCAGGCGGCUCGCGGGAGGCGGCUAUCGAGUGGCUUAGUCACACACUGCUCCCUAUAUCACGUGAUCGCACAAAUAGCCAUUCUGACCUGCCUAUCAAGUUAAAAAGGGGAGAGAGAUGA